UAACCUCAAAAUUGUAACUGUCAGUUUCAAUGGAAAUUCAAAUUUUCCUUUCCAAAACUUUCAACGUUUUUCUUCGAUAGCGGCAAUUUGACGGAAGUUAUAAUAAUAAUAAACAAAAUUUUACGUCUAAUCUGAUAAAAAAUGUAAACCACAAAACGUUUAUACUUACGCUACAAUUAUCUUAUUAGUGUUUAUAUAUACAUCUAGGAAAUUUUGUCUCUAUUUUUCUAAUCAACACUGUAAACAAUUGAAUUUAAAAAAAUGAACGUUGCAAGACUACUGGAAGAAUACUUUUCCUUGGCGAAUUCCAGUAAGGUAACAGAGAGAAAAAAGGGCUUCGAAAAGCUCAGGGAUUUGCUCAGCAGUGACAACAUUUUGGAAGAUUUAAACUCUGCAAAACUCCAUUCUUGGGAAUACUUUCUAGAUAAUAUACAAGUGUGUUUGAAAAGGGAAUGUGAAAAAAGGGCUACAAAAACUUCUACACAAUAUGAUAAGAAUUUUGAAAAUGCUUCUGAAGUAUUUAAUUUGAUUAUAAAGUCAGCUCUUCAUCAAGGUGCCAAAUGUAUUAAUAUUUCAAAGUUAAUCAGAUAUAUGGAUGGUUGUUUGAAAGAGAAAAACAUGAAAAUGUGCAGAAAUCUAUUUUUGCUGGAAUUAAAAAAUAAUAUUCUACCUAACAUUACCUGUUUAGGCCAUCUGGAUUCAGAGGAUUUUGUAUUAAUAUUUGAAAUAUUAAAAUCAGAAUUUACUGCUGUGGAAUCUAGUGAUGUUCUUAUAUGCAAUUGCUUUGUGAUGCUAAUGAAACAUUCACCUCUGUGUGGACUGCCACCCAGUUAUCUUCGAGAACAGUUUACUUUUAUGAGUAAAUUUUGUCAGGAUGCUAAACCAAAUGAUCCUAGAUCUGUACAUAACGAUGUGAUGGAGACUGUGUUAUAUUUCUGCAAACAUACUGUCGAAGAUAACAGAAUGUCUUGUAUAAAAUUUGGAGAAGACGUUUUCUAUGCAUUAUUACAAUUAUAUAAUGCAAGUGGCCAUGAAUCUGCAGUGAAAGAACGGUUCUUGGACUUUUGUCUGUUACAAAUGACCAUUCGUAACCCUGAUGGAGUAGUAGAAGGAGACUCGCAAGCUUUAGCCUCCAGUUGGGAUCUCUGGAAAAGAUGUAUAAGAAGCAUGUACUCUAUCUUAAGUUCAGAAAUCUCUAAUUAUUUACAGUGUACUAUUAAAAAUACGUUGAUUUUCAUACCUCAUGGAAGAACUACUCUACUCUUACAAAGUUUUGUUUCUCUAUUUGUUGAAGUUAGCAAACAGUUGCUUAAUUAUAAGGAACAUAUACCUUCUUCUGAUCCUUCAGAGCAUCCCCAGAAGAGAAUAAAACUUGAGAUGACUUUUGAAUUUUUUGUUCAAGAAAUUCAAGCGACUAAAAGUUGGAUCUGGAUUAAACUUACUGGUGCUUUAUUAGACAAAUAUCCCGAAGUGAUCGAUGAGAAGCUAUUUCUACAGCUAUUAAAACUACUUCAUACUCUGCAGUGUGAAGAAAAAGAUACUAACACUACCAAUUACAUAUAUGAAUGUCAAGGAAUACUGAUAGAUGUACAGAAUCGGUUGAACUUUGAUAGCAAAGAUGAAAUUGAUAGUAUCUGGAGGCUUAUAGGGGAAUCAACUUUGAGCGCUGUUGGAUUGAAUCAGAGCAUCGAAGAAACACAAAUAUUACUUCAAAAAUUGAUUAAGAAUAAUUAUAUUGACUUAGAAUCGGCUGUUCAAAUAUACAAACCAGGUGUUCUCACUGUAACAAAAUACCAUUUAAGCACUACAGAAAGAAUACUGGAACAAACCAAUUUUGCCGAGUUAACCAAGGCUAAGAGAAUUAAUUUUCUUCAUAGCUUGCUUAGCUUUGAAAAUGUUAAGGAUCCUAAAUGUUUUCUAGAGCCUAAUUUUGCUAAAAUUUUGGUAGCAUUAAUCCUGAAACAGUAUCCUGAUGGUGACAUAAAUAUUCCUAAAGAAAGAUGUGAUAAAUUUCUAGAGUUAAAGACUCUAUACGCUAAAAGUAGUUUUAGUUUAAAUCAUUUACUACUAGAAGAAAAUAAAGAUAAAUCUAAAGAUUCCACAAGAAUAUAUAAUACAGAAAAUGAGAUAAUCGAUUCUGUUUCUCACUACAUUAAAACCUUGGUGCAGAAUUCUAAUUCGAAGAAUACAGGAUGUAGAUUAUGUAUUUUUGGUCUUCUAUAUAAUAUUCUAAACAAAUUGAUAGAGUACAAAAUAAUCACAGAGGAUACUAUGGAAGAAAAUGAAAUAUUUGUAAUUUUAAAACGGAUUAUUAAUAAAGAUAACCUAAUUGAAGAGAUAAUGAAGUAUCAAAAACAGGAUGUUAAAUUGUUGCGGGAGGUACUUGAAGUGGCCUCAAUACUUGAUACUAUUUGGUCCAUAAGGAAUCAUAUAACUGACUCUGUCAAAAAUGUGUUUUCCUUGCCUUUUCUUCAGGCGCUUUUUGAAAUUGUGAACUUCUUACAGAACGCACGUAAGCGUAAAUACGACAUAGAACAAGACGUAAAAAUAGCCUUAACAAGAGCGUUGUCCAAGUAUUGUAUUAUUACAUCACAUUAUACUUUAAAUGAGCAUCAAGUAAAUAUUAUGAGAAUUUUGUCAAGCCCGGAUUACGACUUCAAGACUGAUAUAGAUUACAAUUUAAGUUUAAGUUUUUUGGAGAACGUCAAGUUUGCAAAGCCGGGUGUUCUACCUGAUGAAAUAAUCGAAAAUAUUUUAAACUGCCUCCAGGAGAUUUGCGCAAUUCGUUAUCGGAAUUAUGAAAAUGCCCUGGAAAUAUUGAGCAUACUAAAAGGAUUCUUCAUUCAUUUGGAUAAAGUUACAAAUUGGGAGUAUAAAUCUAAAGCAGUUAAGUUACUAAAGAUUUUUUAUGACCAUCGCAUACACUAUGGUCCAAAUGUUUCGGUGGCUAUUCUUUGUUGCAUCGAAGUACUGUGCAAGAUUGAUCCAGAUUUUCUUUAUGCAAAAUGGAAUAAUAAAGAAAUUGUUAAGUUCAUUCCAACAUUUCUUUCAGAUAAUUAUCAAAAAGUUCGAUAUAAGGCAAUUGAUAUAUUAGUAAAUUUUAUUAAAGAAACUUCAGGAACCAUUAAAUUGGAAACUUUUCAUAAAUUAGAAGAGUUAUUUUGUGUUAUCUAUGAAAAUAAUAUUAAAGUUUUCGAAGUUGAAGGAUUGUUAACUGACGAGAGAAAACGUGAUGAAUUACAAUUUAGAACAGUUACUGCACUAUAUAUUUUUGUAUCUAUUACAGUAAACUGUCCAGACUGGAUAGAAGAAUCAUUGUUAGCGUUAUUUAAACUGCAACGUGAUAAAAAUUUAUUUGAAGCCGUAAAUAAAGAAUAUUUAGAGAAGAUUAUUGCUGCUUUUGAGUUGCACUAUAAGUUUGAUAACUUUUUGGCCAACUAUUUAGAAAACACAUUAAGCAAAUGGAUUAACUUAGGAUAUGACAUCAACCGUUUUCCGAUAAUUUUUUUUAACUGUACUGACAAAUUGGAGUUUUAUACAAAAUAUUUUAAUAUUUGUUUGCCGCUUUUGGUCAUGAAAGAUAGAUCCGAAUUGGUUAAGGCUGCUAAUCAACUUCAAAUAACUGAGAAGGAAUUUUUAGAGAAUAAUUGUACCAAAGUAUUUGCAAAUGCGCUAACUUGCAAUGCUGCAUACAUUGGAGAUCAUUUUUUGAAAACUAACACAGAGAUAAAAUAUCUAGUAUCUGUGGUGGGUGACAAACUGAAAGAACUAUGGUUGGAAAAUGUAGAAGACGUUUUUCUUAACCUGUUGACUGGUAUAUCCGAUAAUAAGCUUUUUUAUGAAACAUUUGAUGAAAAAGUCAUUUUUAUAUACCAUGGAAUAACUUAUGCCGAAUUUCAAAAGUGUUUGAAAUUUGUAGAGGAUCUUCUUUGUUCAGGAAGCAGCUUAAUCCAUCUAUUUUGUAGCUCUAAAAGCUCCAAAUUGCAGAAAAUAUUACUUCAGUUGCAAACAGAACCAUACACUGCAAUAGCUGAAAAGAAAAAGCUGAAAUACUUUCAUCAGUAUUCAAUAUGCAUUGAUUUGUUAACUACAAAUAUUAAAUCAAAAGAUAAAAUAAUAACUUAUUUUUUGCGGGACACAAUUUACUACCUAAUUAAUUUAGCCAGGAGCAGUGUAGAUAAUUUAAAGUUGAGCAAAAUAGUUAUAAAAUACUUGGAUGUAUUUUUGAAACGUGUAGUACCUGAAAGAUUUAUAGUUUUUGAAGAAUUUUUCGUAUUUACUGUAAAUUCUGUAAAAAGUUUAGCUCUAAUCAACCACCAAACUUCUCAGCUUUGUUUGAAUAUCCUGGAGUUUCUCAUAGUGGAUAAUGCCUCGAAAUUUACCGAAAUGAUAAAAGGAUUAGACACAUUUCCAGACAAGGCAGAAUUUCAAAAAAUAAAUGAAAUCCAUCAUAAAAUCAAAUACGCUUUUAAAACUGUUACAUUAGAGGACGAGAUAACGUCAUUCUUGGAUUUUUCCAAUGACAUAGCGUCUAGACAAGAUAAUCUAGUUCAUUUAAAGAGGUUGUUAGCCACUGAAAAAGCACAACUGGGUAAGAUGUACAGCAAGCUGACUGAAUCUAGUUCAGAAGAAUGUUACAAGAACAGUGUGCUGCAUCGUUUGACGUGUGUUCUUGUUAAAAUGAGCUGUUUUCCUAACAAGAACAUUAGCAUUGAAGCCAUUAAAUGUCUGGGUGAAUUAGGCCCUGCUAAUUUGGCCACAUCUAUACUUCAAUCCAAGGAUAAGGUUUUAGAUAUUAAAGCGAAACCUCUUAAACUACUAACCGGCCAGAUAUUAUCACUUUUAAUACAGUAUAUUGUCGAUCCCGAUAUUAAAGUUGUCAAGAGAGCUACCGAUGCUUUGUAUGCAGUUUUGAAAUAUGAAGAAGCAAAGGGGAUUGCAGCAUCAGGUGAAGAUUAUGGAUACGGUCCAAUUAAUAGAUCUUAUAUAUUUCCUUUCACACUUAAUACAAGUAAAUCUUCAAGCGUUCGAAUAAAUUCAACGUUGCGUUGGCAAAACGACAUUGAAAUAUGGUGUCCAUCGGAUAGCACUGACAGUAACGGUUGGAUUACCACGCUAGUUGUGGAAUUACUAAACACCUUUAGUAACGGAAGUUAUUUUAAUGAUUUAAUACCUUUAUGUAAAGUUAAAGUCAAAUUCUGUGAAUCUAUUUUACCAUUAUUAAUAUAUCUACUAUUGCAUUUGAAAAAUAAAACACUGACGGUGGCUAUUUCGAAACAAAUCAAUAAUUUUUUCACAAAUCACUGGAGUGCGACGGUCACAUGUACAACAGAGAAAACGAGCAUAGCAGUGAGUAAGAAGGCAGUAAAAUGUAUGGUCGACGUUAUUAACUUUAUACGACAACAAUCAAGCAUUUUACAAGACUUCAAAUUCGAAGAUUUGAAAUUGAAUUAUUUAGCUAUAUCUAAAGCAGCUGCGUUUUGUUCCGCCCAUUUCUCAGCUCUACUUUAUGGCGAAUUAUGGUGUAGAAAACAAAUAUCGAAUUACGAGCGAACGGCCUUAACGCAACUGAAUUCUGUCAAAAGCGGAAACACCCUUUUGGACUACGUGUACGAAAAUGAGUCUGAAACUGAUGGAAUUACCUUACAAGAUAUCCUACAAAAUGCCUACAAAUCGAUAGGUGAUUUGGACUCUCUCUCAGGUUGUGGAUUUAUGUUUUUACUUAAUCCAGAAUAUAAAGUGGAAUAUUAUAAAAAGCUAGAUCAGUGGGAUAAAGUUAUGAACUAUUAUAGUUCCCAGUCUUCGAGGUACACAGGUUCCUCUUUAACAAAUUUAAUUGACAGCUUUAAAAUGAACCAGUUUUACCAACUGCCAGUAUUAUAUUCGGAAUUAUCAUCGGAACCUCAGUAUGAAUGUUUGUGGAGAUUGGGCCAGUGGACUACAAAUGAGAAAAAUGCAUUUAAAUGUGAAAAAAAAUUUAAUUCCUUAAAGGCCUUGUGCGAUGGCGACAAAUAUACAUUCUAUAAAUCAAAAGAAGAAUUAGGAUUGUGUGUAAUAGAAAAUUUAAAACACACAAGUUUAGAAAGCAGUAAGAACUUGUAUCCGAUAUUAGCACAAUUACAGUCCCUGGUAGAAAUGGACGAUUUCAUGGAAGCCAUUGAACGACAAGAAUUCGAUUCAUUGUACGUAGAUGGAACUAAAGAUAAUAUUAUAGGACAUGAGUUUCCGUUAGAUUAUGCUAAGGAUGAGCAUCACCUAAGGGUAGCUGAAAAUUCAAUAAUGCAUAUAAAAUUGCAGCCACAUUUAGAUGAUAAUAUUAAGAACGAACUUCAAUUUAGAGAAUCUCAAUUUGCGUGGCUAACUAAUGAUAAGAUGAUUGCCCAACAGCUACUUAGAAAAUUAUCAAAUAGCAAUCUUAGACCAAGACUGAAAUCUAAUGUUUUGAAGAUGAGAGCACAAUAUAUGGCUGAAAUAUACUCAGACAGAAAUAAUGUUUUAACUAGUUUUUCUGAAUCUGUAAAUUUAUUAAAUAGCCUAAAGGGAAGUGAAACUCCAAGUGACCUUAAAAAUCUUGAAGACACUUUUGAUAAAAUUGCUACAUUUGCUGACAAAGAAUAUCAGCAGAUUGUAAAUCAUAUGAAAUCUGAUCUAUUUCAAAAGAAAGUGUCAAAUUUAAAAUUAUGUAAAGAAAGGUCCGCGACAAGUCUUGACAACAAAAAAAUGACUCUUGAUGAGCAAAAAGCUGCGAGCUUUCAAAAAAGGCAAACCAAAAUAGAAGAAAAUGAAAUAAAUACUACAAAGGCCGAGAAAGAUAUUCUUUUACGUUUAGCUAUAGAAAACUAUUUUAAGAAUCUACAAAGAUGUGACACAAACAACAUAAAAAUAUUUAGAGUUAUGUCUUUGCUAUUGGAUAACAGGGACAAUGGCAAACUUAACUCGCACGUCACCCAGUAUUUAUCUUCAUUGCCAACUUACAAAUACGUAACGAUGUUGCCACAGUUAAUUCCGCAUAUUUCCAACGAGCCGGACUUUUUCAGCGAUCAAAUUAAUAAAAUAAUAGAGAGAUGCGCUAUUGAUCAUCCCCACCAUACUUUGCCGUUAUUGAUGGCGCUCGUUCACGCAAAUAAGGAUCAAGGAACCUCUCGUUCCAAAUCCAAAACCUCUUCGAACGAUAGAAUAUGCACUGCUAACUAUAUCGUUAAUCGAUUAUCGAAAAAUAAGAAUAUGGACGUUAUAAUCUCGAAAAUGAAAAAAUUAUCAGAAGCUUUAAUAGAAUUGGCUUAUUAUUCUAACGAUUCGCACGAUGAACCGAACAAAGCAUAUACAAUUCCAGCGACGUUAAAAAUUCAUAGAAUAAAGAAUUAUGAUGAUAUUUUAGUACCGACUUGCACAUUGCCUGUCAGUAAAAACAACAAAUAUGACGAUAUUGAAGGUAUAGCGAAAUUUAAUAAUAAAUACAAGAACGUCGGCGGUAUAAAUUGUCCAAAAAGAAUUGAAUGCAUUUCCACAACGGGUAAAACUAAGUUGCAACUAGUAAAAGGUCAAGAUGAUCUAAGACAGGAUGCUGUGAUGCAACAAGUAUUUAAUAUAAUGACAGAUGUAUUGGCAAGUAAUAAACAGACCAAGAAUAUGCUCAUAAGGACAUAUAAAGUGGUACCACUGUCAAUGAGAAGCGGCGUUCUGGAAUGGGUAGCUAACAGUAUGCCAAUUGGAAGCUAUCUUGUAGGAAGCAAAGAGGAAAAUUACGUUGGUGCUCAUAGAGACUUUCGACCUGAUAACUGGACCCCAGGUCAAUGUAGAACUAAGUACAAGGCAGCUUCGAAUUCUAGUAAUGAGGAGAAGUUAAGAAUUUUUAAUGAAAUAUGCGAAAAUUUCAAACCCGUUUUUCAUAAAUUCUUCGAGACUCAUUUUCCGCAACCAUCUGUAUGGUAUGAGAGAAGGAAGGCGUACAUUCAUAGCGUCGCUACUACCAGUAUGUGUGGAUAUAUUCUUGGUAUAGGCGAUAGACAUGUUAGCAAUAUCCUUAUAGAUAAACAAUCUGCAGAGUUAAUUCACAUUGAUUUUGGUAUCGCGUUUGAGCAAGGGAAAUGUCUACCGACUCCAGAAACUAUUCCUUUCAGACUAACCAGAGACAUAGUUGAUGGAAUGGGAGUGUCGGGUGUUGAGGGUCUGUUUAGAAAGUCGUGCGAAAAAACUAUGGAAGUGCUUAGGACAAAUUCGCAAACAAUUUUAACAAUUUUGGAGGUACUCUUAUACGAUCCCUUAUAUUUUUGGACUGUUACUCCUGCAGAAGCCCAUAAAAGGCAAACUGAAGAGAAUAUGAACAAAACCAAUUCUGAUGAUUCUGAGGAUGAAACCAAAAAUAUAUCUGCAGAAACCGCCUUGCUACGUCUUAGGGGUAAAUUACAGGGAACUGAAGAGGGUAGGCCUACCACCGUUGAACAACAAGUUGGUAUGCUUAUUCAACAAGCAAUGGCUCCCGCUAAUCUAUCUAGACUAUUUCACGGUUGGCAACCAUACUUAUAAGUUAUUUAAAUAUAUUUGUAAUUCUCACUAGUUACCUGCAAAUAUUUUCUUACUCGUUCUCAUAAUUUAAUCUCGUUCGUUAUAAGCUUAGUUUUUCAUGUAUAUUAUAUUCCUUUAGAAAUAAUAUGAUUAAUAUUUAGUGAUAUUUGACUUGUCAUAUCAAACCAUCACACGUUAAUAGUUACAUGUUUAUGUAACAUUUUUGUUAUUAUGUAAGAAUAUAAUGUAUAUAUUUUUUAUAUAUGUUCAUUGUUUUUUCUACGUUGGUUUGUUCAAAUUGUAUUUUUUCCAGUCAGCUUAAUGUUCAAAUCUAUUUUUUGUUCAAAAAGAGCUAAAAAGAUAUUAAAAGCC